AGUUUCUUUUAGACUACAAGGAGAAAAGGUGUAUAUACGGCUUAAACGCGCACGAUUGCAUAUGGCGGAAAUUUUUUGUUUUUAUUUUUUUCUACUGUAUAAAAAUUCCAAACGAAACGAGUGCGAUAAUCAUAAAAGCGACGAAUUAGUGUCGAAAUAAAAACGAAUAUUGAAGAACCGGCUAAGGCAAAGACGCGACCAAGUGGAAAACGCAUGUAGUGAAGUGUUUUCUUUGUGUUCUCUCGUUUGCUGUGGUUCCUUUGAAAUUAACUGCAAUAAUAAAGUGGAUUAAGUAUAAUUUUACACAAUCACAAGUAUUUUAGUGAUCACGAUAUAAACCUAAAACAUUUAUUUGCAUAGUGAUUUUUUAAAAAAAGGAAAAAGAAAAAAAAUAUUACGCCACUUUGCCAUUAAACCAAACGUCUUUUUUUAGCACUGAAAAGUAAAAAGUAAAUACAUAAGUUUAUUUUUAAACGAAAACACGCGCUUAGCAGCAAGAACCGAAAAGUGAAACGAAGUUUAAAGAGCAUAAACAAAAAUAAUUAUUCCCAAUAAGAAACGAGUGUGUUAAUCAUAACGUAAUAAUCCUCUUUUUUUCAUUUCAUUUCUGUUGAAAUUUAAUUUUGUUUGCAAAUUUUUUUUUGUUUUUGUUGUUAAACACACAUAAAACGGCGGCAGGCAAAUCUGUAUUUUUGCCUACCGAAAGUGAAGUAAAAAAUUGAUGCUUAAAUGGAUGCAACAUCAAUAAUCACACAAGUCUCACGCGACGAUGAGCAGUUGAACGUGUGUGCAAAUGAGAAAGACGAUGUCGAACGCUUAAAACCACCAAAACGCGGCUUCUUUCAAUCCUUUCUAUGCUGCUGGCGACGUAAUCGCACGAAAACCAAUCAAAAUGGCACAUCAAUCGAUGGUUCCACAACACCGCCACCAUUACCGGACCAACAAAGGUACCUACUACCUCAGGUUAGGCACUCGGAUAUGCAUAAAAAAUGCAUGGUCAUCGAUUUGGAUGAGACAUUAGUGCACAGUAGUUUUAAGCCGAUUCCAAAUGCUGAUUUUAUUGUACCAGUGGAAAUUGAUGGCACCAUACAUCAAGUUUACGUACUCAAAAGGCCCUACGUCGAUGAGUUCCUGCGAAAAAUGGGCGAAUUGUACGAGUGUGUUUUAUUUACAGCAUCACUAGCCAAAUAUGCAGAUCCCGUUGCCGAUCUGUUAGACAAAUGGGAUGUGUUUCGUGCAAGACUGUUUAGGGAAUCGUGCGUUUAUUACAGGGGAAAUUAUAUUAAGGAUCUAAAUCGUCUUGGACGUGAUUUACAAAAAAUCGUCAUUGUCGAUAAUUCACCAGCGAGUUAUAUAUUUCAUCCAGAUAAUGCGGUUCCUGUAAAGUCAUGGUUUGAUGACACAAGCGAUUCCGAAUUACUUGAACUGAUACCGCUGUUUGAGAAACUCAGCAAAGUCGAUUCUGUAUACAGCGUUCUGUGCAAUUCCAACAAUCCACUGAAUAGUGUUGCGAAAAUGUAA